AUGAAAUCAAAUUUUGUUUCAACCCCAGAAGGGACGAAAUACCAUUAUCUCGAAGCCGGAAGCGAGUCGGGACCAUUGAUCAUCUGCCUCCACGGACUGGGAGGAUCCACGGAUACCUUUACAUCACUUGUGCCGCGACUACCAGACUCUUACAGAAUCAUUCUCAUCGACUUCCCUGGCUUUGGUCAAAGUCCACCGCCAACCGAACGUCCCACGGUUGCAAGAUACGUUGGUGAUUUGGACCAUGUCAUUAAAUCUUUACGCAAGGCCGACGGAGAUCAGGUCAUUUUGAUGGGACACUCCCUCGGCACCGCCAUCGCCUUGCACUUUGCCGCUCAAAACCCCUCGACCGUCGCCGGCCUCAUUCUCCUCGGCGCCGCGCGCUCCGCCUCGCACAUUCCCGCUGUACGGGAGCGCAUGUCGAACAUGGCCGCCAGCACGCGACAAAACGGCAUCCAAUGGGCCGCCGAGCUGGCGUCGCAGUCCAACUUUGCCCCCGCGGACAAGCGAACCGUCGACGCGGCCCUGCGCGCCGAAGUCGCCAAGGCCGUCGGCGCGUCUCAUGUCGAGGCGUACGCCUUGACCUGUGAAAUGAUGGUCGACGAGUCGCACAAGGAUCCCGAAUAUGCAAAUAUUACUUGCCCGACGGUCUUGGUUGCUGGAGACGUCGACGUGAUCAGCCCGAUUGAGCGGUCUACAGGAUUGGCAAAGCUAAUCGGUUCCAAAACAUGUUGGGUAGAAGCAGUCAUGAGUGGACAUCAGCCCAUUCUGGAAGACGUAGACGGUGUCGCGGGAGCAGUGGGGCGGUUGUUGCGAGAAAUAUAA